AUGUCUGCCACCAACGUCGACCGUGAUGACUUUCUUGAGUACGAGGUUGUGGAAGUCGGAAAGUACACCGCCGCCCAGCUUGCCGAGAUCAAAGCUGCUACCCAAAAGGAGGUAGCCCACGCGAUGCAGAACGAGUUCGACACCAAGAUCAGUGAAAUGAAGGCUUCUCACCAGAAGCAGAUGUUUCAGCUGAUUGACGAACAUGCCAAGAAGCUGCAGACUACCAUCGAGGCCGCUCUAGAGGACUCCCAGAAGCUUCUGACUGAGCAGAAGGAAACCCAUGAGAAGGAGCUCAAGGCUAUGCGCCACGAGAAGAUUGCCAGACACAACGGCGAUCUCCAGAAGAAGAUGGAGGUCUACAUGGAGAAGAUGCGGUCGGAGCACAAGGUUUCUACCUCCAUCGCUAAGCAGUGGCACAUGACUGAAGUGUAUGGACUCAAAUCUUUUCUCAAGAGCCAGGAGGAUCACAUUAAGCGUCUGGAGGAACGUCUCAAGGUUGCGGAGGAUGCCAAAAAGAGCCUUGAGGCUCCUUUCGGGGCCGAGACCGCCAAGAAGGGCAGUAACAGCGACAAGUGA